GGUAGAAGACCUUUUCGACUUUUAAUUCAACCAUGGAAGGGAGUGCAUGUGUAUAAAUACGUUGCAUGUGUAUUAUAGACUAUAUUCAGUGCAAUGAAUACAGAAGUGCGAUGUCCAUUUCCCUACGACCCUACAACUGAAAAAAUCGCGGUUUGUCCGUAUGACAAGUCGCAUAUUAUGUUGGCGCAUCGCUUAGGGCGUCACAUAUUCAAAUCACACAAAGAGUACCGGGGGUUAGAAUUCCCGGUACGACAUGAAACGACAAGGGAACAUCACCAGCAGCAGGAGCAACCCGGUGGAUCAAAAGAAACAAAGGAGCAGCAGGAGUACCCGGGUGGGUGGUCGACGGAGUGGGACGGCGAGGAGUGCACUUCGUAUUUAGAUUUCCUCCGGGAACGGGAAGAAGAACAACGCAAGGAACAGGAACAAUGGGAUGGUCGACUGAAUCGACAUAAAAAGAAGAAGAAACUCCUCGCCAGACCAAUUUUAUAA